UUGCGGGCCAAAAUCUCCGAUUUGGUGCGGAGUGAUAUAUUCCGUAAUUAGGUGGAGUGUCUCGGUGAGGAAGAGGCCUGUAGGAAAGCGGGGCACAGGCGGAGCGAAAAAUCAUUUUUACGGACGGAUUUUCACGUUUUCAACUCGUUUUUUCUCGUAUUUUGGGCCCUUGAAAGGACAGCAACAUCAGAGAGGGCCCAAACCUCAGGAAGAUGGUGAAGUGGCGGGCGAUAUUCCUGCUGUUUUUGGCGGCUGCCACCACAGUGUAUGGCCAAGAGGAAUCGGAUGGCUUGGCCCUGUUGCUGAACACACAGAGUUUGGAGGCUGGGGAGGAACACAGGCCUGCCACCAUGUACAUUGACGUGGACGGGGGCUCGGGGGCGGGGGCCAUCGAUGACUUUGUGGACCACGAAGACGGGUCAGGGCUAGGACCCGACGACGAGGACGGAUUGUCAGAGGAGUCUGGCUCAGGAGUGCCGUGGACAGAUCUUGAAGAGACUUUCCCGGGAAUUGUGGACACAAUAGUCACUGCCAAACCUGUGGAGGAAGCACACAACCCUCCCCCAUUCAACCCCUACACAAAACCACCCAAGGCAAAGCCACCCAAACCAACCAAGCCACCCAGGCCAGUCAAGACCUACCCUCCAAAACCACCCAAGAAAGCAAUUGUUGAGGAGACAACCAAGAAACCAGUCAACAACCACAUCUCCAAGAACCCAGAGCCAACAAGGGAAAGCAGCAUCAAGGUGGUGGAGACCCCAGAGCCCACCGAUGAGGUGCAGAUAGCAGCAGUGGAACCGCGGAGUGGCAACAACAAGUUAACAGCGCUUUUCUCACACCCAGGAGUCAUGGCAGUUGUGUCUUUAGCCAUAGCUACUUCUGGCCAUAAGCUGUCCCCUUGGUACAUAGCUGCUGUUAUUGGUGGAGCGGUUGUGGGUCUCCUCUGUGCGAUCCUGCUCAUCAUGUUCAUCGUGUACCGGAUGAAGAAGAAAGACGAAGGAUCCUAUUCGUUGGAGGAUCAUCCUGCCAAGAAGCUGAACACCAACGCUUACGGCAAAACUUCGAAAGAGUUCUAUGCGUAGAGGAGACACGCAUGCAUGUACCAUGGGCCAGGGCCUGCUUUAUUUUGAUAAGUGACUGGUAGAAAUGCUAUGAUUGGCUAGAAAAAGAGCACUUUACCAUACAUGGGAAAAAUAGCCAAUGGGAUAAGAGGACACUUCCAUGUAUGGUAAAGAAGCACAAGCGCAAAGUAGCAUAAAAGAGACUGUGAUUGGUUAAUGGUACAUCCUUUGCCGUAUACUAUAGUGAUGUGAAUUGUUGAUCCUUGACUUAGAAGCUGUAAUUUGUCACUUGCCAUACUGUGAUGACCAUAUAUGGUAAAACAAACUGUCAAUUAACCAAUCACAACAGAUCAUUUUAACAAAAGAAGUCACCAUGCCUAUGCUAAAAAUCAUUGUAAGAUUCCUGGUUGCUAUGCCAACGAGAAUGUAAACACAACUGAAUGCCACUUGCUGUCAGGUUGGAUUUGAUUGGUUGGCUUUAUCUGGAAGUGUGUGAACUGACUCUCCUUUGAUUUCAUUGGUCAAUUGCGUAUUCUCAGUUUACAUUGGACAGCCUGAUUGGUUGAGAUUUUAUGUGUGCCUUCUAUAUUUGGAGAUGAAAGAGAAGCUGCUGACCAACAGGAAGUGAGAGAUUCAGUUGAAGGAAGUAGUGAUAUUCUUGUUACCAUGGCAACAGAAAUGCCAGUAUCGAUCUUCCACUACUUCUAAUUGAAAAUAAGUUUUUGUAACUUUUAAAGAUUUUUUUCCUUUUUAUCUAUCUUAAAAACGUAACUUAUUCUUCACCGAUGUAUUUCACCUCAAGUUAUUUCGUAUCAGGGUAUGUAGAAAUUGUCUCAAACCAGUAUAGAAGCCUCUAGCAUGCCAAGGGUCGGAGAUAAAACUUCAGGUUUUCUCUGGAAAGCCGUAGACAGCUAUAACAUAACUUUAGUAAAGUCUGGAACUUCUCCUAUCACUGUAUGUAGAAACGUUUGCACUUCUGAGCUUUUGUUGGGAAAAAAAUCACUUUGUAGUAGACUUAGUGGUGGUGGGAGUCAAUCUGUUCUUGAUUAAGACGUGAAACUUUAGCCAGCUGGCUGGGAGAUAUAAGGUUAGGAACAUGUAGAUCUUUUCAGGUGGGGAGGGGGGCAUAAGCCACUGGGAUACCAUGGGAAUAAAGCUCUUUGUAACGUCUACAGCCACAUUGCUUUCAUCUAGUUCCCCAGUAUCAUGCUUGAGAGCUGUUUGCGUCUAAAUUGCUGAGAUUUUUUUCUGUCGCUUAGCUGAUAUUUAUUAGAUCCAUUGAAUCCCACGUGACAGCUUGUUUUUUUUCCAUGUUGUGAAAGUUGACAUGCGUGCAAUUAGCAUGCUGAAAAUUAUGUUCUUGGUCCUUACCUUGGAUGAUACAAGGGUGUAGCACUAUAUUUGUUAUAGAGAAAAGAAGAGAGGUUCUAAUUUUGUGCUUGAAUGGCCUUUAUUGAGUGGCUAGCUGUAUGUAGAUUUUUUUGCUUGGCAUCCAUAUAUAUAUGUAAGGUUGUAUACAAUUCAGUACUUUCUGCUUGAUUUUUUUGUUGUUAUUAACACCUACUAGUAUACUAUGUAUGUAACGUUAAGUGACAGACACCACUUUGCUAAGGCUUUGGUUCACCCCCAUGUGAAGUAUUGGUACAGUCUGAAGAAAAUGUGGAAGAUACCAUCAGGAAAAAUAGGGGAGGCAAUGUCACCGUCUUGUACAUACAAUUCAUAGGGCAGAUUUUAUACUGUGCCUUUGAAUGUUAAGUUGGAAAGUACCAAUUGAUGCAUGGGGGUGCACCAAUGAUAUCCACCAGAAAAGUGUGGUCUGCUCAGCUAAAGAAUUAUCCAUUCCCGAUAAGUAAGGAUGCUUAAUAUAUUUUUAUAGCUCGGAGUGAUAAUUGAUAAUUGGGCCCUGAUUAAUUAAAAUGGCAUAAUUCCUACUUAGUGAACGGGCUGGCUUGGCACGAUUCAGAACACUGAACGAGUUGUGGAAUCAAAGAAAUAGAAAUUUAUUGUGCAUGGUUUCCAGCUUGUGGAGAAAAGGCACUGCUUCAGAUCUGGUCGUGCUCAAGCCUGCCCCCUGGUGUAAGAACCCUGUAGUGCAGGUAAGAACAGAUAUGUGUAUAUUAGCUUCCCAAAAUGUUACUCUUCAACUAAUAGGUAGGGAAUACCUCAGUUUUUCUGUCCCUAUUCUUCCCUCUACCUCACUCCCUAAAAUCACCAGUGGAAGAGGCCAAUUGCCUUUCUUGGACUGUUCCAUUGGUGGGUUUUGGGGACUGUAGGUUGUACAAGGAUGAUUUACAUAUUUUUCACCAACCUGUAACAGUGUUAUAUCCGAAGUAUGUUGUCUCUUACAAUCCUUAGGUUUUGGAUAGACCCAAAAUGCUUGUUUUUUAUUGCAAAGUGACACCUGAAAAAGUCAUAGAAUCUGAAAUAACUGCCACUUGAACUUGGUUGUACAACAAAUCCUAUUGGCUACUGUUAAUAAGUCAAUUAACUCACUUCAGCCAAUGAAAACUGGGCAUCUGGGUCUGAUACAUAACACUAACUACAUUGUAUUUACCCAUAACUUCAUAACAUGAAAAAACUUCAGUACAUGUAGAUACAACAAAAUAGCAACUUUGUAACACAACCGUCCACACCUAUUCUAUGAGUGGAACUGUCCGUUUUGCACCACUGGAUCAUUCCAUGUAAAAGAAAUAGGUACAUAACUCCACACGGUUUUCAAGAGACGGGUCCACAGUUUGUGUUGUACUCACCGGACUUCAAUAAACACCUUUACUUCUA